ACCACUUCCUCUUUGCCUGCUGCAGCACUCUCACUCCUCUUUUCUUUCUUUCUUUCUUUCCCUCGGCAGCGCACACACCAUCACUAAAACUUUUCUUCAGCAAGUUUUGCCAUCAUUUGUUAUUUGUGUGGCAGAAAAUACCCAUUUAUUGCAUUCUUUGCUUGCUUCCAGCAUCCAGAAGAGAAAGCAAGAGUGAUGAUGGAGCUGUGAAUGUGAUGGGGUUGCUCUGCUAAAUGUGGAUUUUUGGGAGUCGGUGUCAUAGCCAUGCAGUGGAUGUGAGCGGGGAUAAAGAAGCACAAUGAAAGACGACUUUGCCGAAGAGGAGGAGGUGCAGUCCUUCGGUUACAAGAGGUUUGGAAUCCAGGAAGGAUCGGAGUGCACCAAAUGUAAAAACGACGGGGCUCUGCGGGCCGCCAUCGCACUGCUCUACGUCCUCUGCACGCUGCUCACCAUCGCUGUGGCUGUCCUCGGGUACAAAGUGGUCCAGAAAAUGGACAACGUCAGCGAGGGGAUGCAGAAUUAUGGCGGGAAAAUCAGCGCAGUGGAGACCAACUUAAAGAAACUAGACUAUCAAACCGGUGAGAAGUCUGUGAAUGCCAGCAGUGAAAUCAAGACCUUUAAGUCGGACUUGGAAGCGUUGCAGGGUCAGCUGGUGGACAUCGCCACCAGAACGAGCAGGAACAGGGACGUCCUCAGUGAACUUCAAGUCGUCGGAGAUGACACUCAAGGCGGCCAUGUUUCCCUGCGGAGUUUACUAACGGGCAACGCUGCCUCACUCCGAGGUGUCAACCAAACCUUGGCCUCCUACGGCGGCAUGAUCGGGGACCUCCAAGUGGACACUGCUAGGCUCCAGUCCGAGAUCCAAGCCCAGGUGAAAGAUCAGAGCAAAGCCCAGGUCGGUAUCAGCGCUCUCAACAUCAGUCAGACCCAGCAGCGGAAUCUUCUCAGCUCGUUGCAGCAGACGGUUGAAGAUACGGGUCAGGCGGUGCAAAACCUCCAGAUCGGGUAUCAGACUUUGCAGCAGACAGCCAGACAAACCCGGACUGAUAUAGACUGGCUAACGGAGAAGGUCCAGAACCUUCAGGUUUUGGCUGCAAACAACUCAGCAUCUGCACGGUCUAAUGGCGAAGCCUUGGAUGAUUUAGGAGCGCAGCUGAGCACACUAGCAGGCCAGACCCAGAACACCUCCAUGCUCACCGAGAACCACGAUCAGAGUCUACGGGAACUCAUGGACCACCAUCGUGACCACGAUAACGCCACCUCGUUUAAAUUCGACGUGAUGGAAACCCGCCUGGACAAGCAUGAAAGCAGCAUGGACCGCGUGACCGGCAACGUGAGCUUCACCACGCAGCUCCUCGGGGCCAUCAGCUCAGAUCUCAACAGCCUGAGAUCAUGCGCCGAGACGGUUUUACGCCAUUCUGACCUUCUGGUGGGUUUGAACAACAGCGUGAGCGAGGCCAAGGUCGAGAACAGAGACCUGCGGGCCCAGCAGGACGUGCUGGUGGCCAGGCUGGACAAGGAGGUCAAUGACUUGUCUGUGGUGAUGGAGGAGAUGAAGCUGGUGGACAGCAAACACUCGCAGCUCAUCACCAACUUCACCAUCCUCAAGGGACCACCAGGUCCAAGAGGUGCCAAGGGGGACAAGGGACCUCAGGGGCAAAUUGGAUCUCCAGGUCAGAAGGGUGACAAAGGAGACAAAGGGAUGCCAGGAGUGGUGGGGUCUAAAGGCGAAAAAGGUUCUCUUGGCCCACAAGGUGCGACGGGUCCAAAAGGUGGACCUGGCCCACGAGGCCUUCCUGGAGCGAAAGGCGCAAGAGGGCCCGGGGGUCGACCUGGGAUCCCCGGAGAGAAAGGCGAUCCUGGACUUCCAGGGGACCCUGGCAGAGAUGGACUUCCGGGAGUGCAAGGGCCACAAGGAACGCAGGGCCCCAGAGGAGCUGCUGGGCCCGCAGGCAUGGAGGGCCUACGUGGAUCUGUUGGGCCUAUUGGACCUCCUGGUCCUCCUGGGCUUCCUGGGUUACCUGCGCCGGUGCCUCUGCCAGUCAAGCCUACAGUGGCUUCCAAAGCAGAUGAUCAACCACAAGGAUCCAAGCAGCCUGCGACUUCGGCUUCUGGUUGUCCAGCAGAGUUCAGGAGGUUUGGAGACAGCUGCUACUUCUUCUCCCCGGACAAUCAGAAGCUCAACUACGACGAGGCCAGCAUGUUUUGUUCUACCAAAGAGUCUCAUUUGCUGAUUGUCAACAACAAUGAGGAGCAGGUGUUUGUGAAGAACGCCGUGGCAGGGAAAGGUUUAUUCUGGCUAGGCCUCACGGACAGAGAGGAGGAGAAUGUGUGGAAGUGGGUGGAUGGAAGCACGCCUGUUUACACGAAAUGGAAUCCGGGGCAGCCUGACAACUGGACACGUGGGCAUGCACACGGCGAGGACUGCGGGGGUAUCAUCAAUAACGGCAACUGGAACGAUUUCUACUGCACGGAGCGCAUCGGCGUUAUCUGUGAACGCGCUGCCAGUGCUCCGGUUUCGUAGCAUCAUUGCGAAUGCUGUGAUCUGUGUGAUAUGUCUGAGAUGAAGAAGCUCUGCACAGACGGACAGACGGACUUGGACUUUUUCUGAAGUGGAGCUUCAGUUGCCGAUGACUUUGUACUGUUCUCUGUCUUACAAUGCACUUUUGCCCGAGACAGAUCACAUGCAUACACAGCGCACCAUUGUAUGUUUUAUUGAUACAAUAUUGGUACUUGUGAUAUAAUUUGAGAAUGUAUACGUGUAUUUAGACUACAUUUCAUUCAUUGGUGCACACAUGGUCGAUCUGUAAAUAGUACUUAUUAACCUUCUACAGUUUCUUGACUACCUUGCCUUUUCAAUCCAAAGAUGCAAUAACAAAUGAAUUAUUUUUGUAUUUUUCACAGAUUCUUGAGAAAGCAAUAAAUAAUAAAGUGACUGUAUGUUUUUUCUAUGCUGAUGAAUACACAAUGACAAAUAUAGAUUAUAAAAAGUGCCUUAUUAUGUGCACUGAUAGUCAUAUUUGACACAUAUAUGAGUCAAGGCUGCCAUCAAGCUGAAGGAGUCUUAUCGAGCGUAUAUUGUAUAUAUAAUAUACAAUAUAACAGUCUUUUAAGGCGUGAGUCUUCACAAAUCAAUAAAUAAACUGACCUUAGAUGACCUCAAGAUUAUUAGUUAGCAUGACUUGACCGUGCUUUGGCAAAAAAUUGCAUUAAGUUAAUUGACAGGUUAAAUAUGUUUAUUGCCAUAUUUAAUUACUGAAUUAAUGGUAAUGGUUUUGAACAUGCAUACAAGUUACAUUGGAAUCAUGUCAGUGCAUCAUGCAUCAACACCAAUUAAUUUGUUCACUCCCUGUUUUCCAAAUGUACUUUUUGUUCCUUUAAAUGCGGAGUGAAAUGACAGUACUCAAGGUUGUUAUAGCUGUAAUGGAUUAUAUAACAUGAU